CUGACAAAUGUCAAAAAUUAAUGAUGACAUUUAAAAACAUAGGUUAUGUUUCCAACAUAAAUAAAUAAUCAUUAAAUUGAUAUCAAUUUAUAGCGAAAAAUGACGGAGGAGUUAACAGCCGAAGACGUAAAAGAUUUGGGUAACAAAGCAGUUAAAAAUGGACAAUUUGCCGAAGCUGUUUUGCAUUAUUCCCAAGCAAUUAAAAUGCAAGGCGACAAUCCAAUUUAUUACAGCAAUAGGUCAUUUGCUUUUUUAAAAAUGCAACAAUAUUAUCAUGCAUUACAAGAUGCGAAAGAAGCCAUCAAAUUAAAUCCUAUUGGAGCUAAAGGUUAUUUUCGGAAAGGUGAAGUUGAAUUUGCUACGGAACAUUUUACUGAAGCUAUUUUAAGUUAUGAACAUGCUUUGCAAUUUCAACCGAACGAUGAUCUUAUUUUGGGUUGUAUUCAUAAAGCUCGGAGACAAUAUCAUCACGACACAAAAGUGAAUGAACAGAUUCCUUGGUUAGGAAGUGGAAUCGGAAUUGUUUUAGGAGUUUCUCUAGUCAUUUUAGAUUAUUUAUACACUGUUAAACCAACGCAUCCACUUGUAAUGGCUUUAGUGACUAUAAUCAUCUCGAUAUUGGGUUAUGCUGUGGGUAAAUGUUAUAGACAUUACAUAAUGAAUCAAAGAAAUAUGCUGUUACAACCUCCAGAUGAUUUGUUGGGAAUGGAUGAUGAUGUUAAAGAUGAAGUUAAAAAUAAAACAAAAUCGAAAUUUACAAAAUCCCAGGCGAGGCAACGAUACAAAAAGGGUAAAUUAAUGAGAGCGAACGAUGUGCGCGUAAGAGAUGCAACGGGUAAAGAAAAAAUAGUCGGUUUAAAACGCUACAACAGAGCAAACGAAUCAAAACGACGCCACGAUCGGACAUUGGCGGCGCAUAUAUACGAUCGCGCGUUCGCUUUUCACAAAACACUUUCCUCGAGGACGGUGGAACACGAUGCACGGACCUCCCGUGCGUUCGUCCUCUUAGUGCAUAAGGGCCCUCCGAGACGGUUCCAAAGACGAAACGGGAGCAUGGAGCAGGUGAAGACGUCCCAAUCGAGACUAUUCGUGACGUCCGUAGUCGAAAACAAAGACGAUUUAGAGGAGAAAUUCGAACGAAGUUAUCAAUUGGUACAGAGUUUAACUUCCGGUUUAAGUGACAAGGAAGCUCACGACGCCCUAAACAACGCUUUACUCAAAGAUAAAGGUUAUGAGGAAGUUUCAUUUGGACUUUUGGUAAUCAUUCUAACGGAGCCCCAAAACGCCGCGAAAUGUUAUCAUGAUUUAACGCUGAUUACUCGAGAUGGUUUUGGAUUGAUUCUCACUCAUUUAUCACAAUUGGUUUUGGAUAGAUAUUUAAGAUUUAACGAUGUGGUUAAAAAUCAACUCCUUUGGUUGUUGCGAGAGAUGAUUAGAAACUCGGUGAGCAACGUGGAUAAUUUAUGUUGGAAUUUAAUGCGACACGCAGCCGGGGGCGAUGUUUCUGUUAAAAAUAUCACGUUAAUUGAUAAACUUUUGGACGUUUUCAUCGAAUUUCGUGCUUGGCUCGAUAAAUUUCCAUUGUUAUUAGCCUCAGUUGUUUAUACUUAUUUAAGAUUAAUCGAAGAUCACAACUCCCCGAAUUUACUGCAAUUAAAACAAAAAGAAAUUCAUUUCUUAAUCGGCGUGCUAAGAGAACGUUUUCACGAAUGCUUAGUGCUCGGACGGGAUCUUGUGAGGCUUCUACAAAAUGUGGCUCGUAUUCCUGAGUUUGAACAACUUUGGAAGGAUAUUUUAGGCUCCCCAAAAUCGUUAUCGCCAUCGUUUAACGGGAUUUUACAAUUAUUACAAACAAGAACGUCGCGUCGGUUCCUUCAAAGUCGAUUAACGCCGGAAAUGGAAAGAAAAUUGGUUUUUUUAACUUCGCAAGUUCGUUUCGGUAAUCAUAAACGAUACCAAGAUUGGUUUCAACGCCAAUAUUUAUCAACACCGGAAUCCCAAAGCCUUCGUUGCGAUAUGAUUCGAUUUAUCGUUGGAGUUAUCCAUCCAACCAAUGAAUUGCUUUGUUCAGAUAUAAUCCCACGUUGGGCUGUAAUCGGUUGGUUAUUAACAACAUGUACAUCAUCGGUGGCCGCCUCAAACGCUAAAUUAUCCUUGUUUUACGAUUGGUUAUUUUUUGAUUCAGAAAAAGACAAUAUAAUGAAUAUAGAACCGGCGAUUUUGGUGAUGCACCAUUCAAUGCGAUCGCAUCCGGCCGUUUCAGCAACUUUACUCGAUUUUUUAUGUCGGAUAAUUUUAAAUUUUUAUCCCCCGUUAACCGAAAAAGUAAGAAACGGGAUUUUUUCAUCAUUAAGACAAAUUUUAGAUAAACGGGUUUUACCCUCAUUGGUGCCUUUAUUCGAUAACGCAAAAUUGGAUCGCGAAUUGAGAAACAUGAUUCGGGAAACGUUCAAAGAAUUUUGCCAGGGUGUUGUUAUCGAAUCAAAUCCGAAAAGCGAGGCUGAUUACCCGAUAUUAAAAAUAGACGACGAUGAAAAUCAAUUUAACAAUAUCAAUAAUCACGAAGAUCCGGUUUUUAGCGACGAAGAAGAUGAACCACUCUUGAUACAAACCGAAGAAGACACCGACGAUGAUGACAUCCCCUUAGCUAAAGUAAGAUUAAAAGAAAAAAUUCAAGAUAAACCCGAAGUAGAUGGACCACUAAAAAUCGCGUUAAAUAAAUUACAAUUUGAAAAAGAUUCUAUAAAACGUUACGAAAUUUUAGAAGAAAUCAUGAAAAACAUUAUCGAAACCGACGAAGAAUUAUUUCCAAUUAUUUCAAAAACUUUGCUAACAACCGAUUUUUUUCGAACUGAUUUUUUUCCAAACACUUUAACCGACGAUUCCCUGUUAUCUAGUAUUAAAUCUCCAAUUUUCGCACUUUUUGAACCACUACUUAAUACAAAAUCUCGAGAAAAAAUCAUAAAAUUCAUUGGGGAGUUAGCAAAUUCCCAAACAAACCUAGGUUACUUAUUACUUUAUUACUUAAAAGUGAAAAAAACUCCGCUUAAAACCUCCAUUUAUAAAGAUUUUUGUCAAACGAUUGAAAAAAAACUCGAUAACUCACUUUACGACGAUUUAAACGCGUGUCAUAUCAACGAUAUUAAUUUAAUGAUGUGGAUCGUUCCCGAUUUGUACAAAGACUUUAAACAACAAACGUUAAAUAACGCUCAAAUAUUACGGGUGAUAAUCUCGUCGAUAGAUGCGGGGCAAUUACAAGAUUUAAUCGGUGAUAUUUUACGCGGGAAAUUAAUAAUGUUUAAAAACGAUUCGUUACAGAAUUUAUUAAAAACGAGUUUAACGUGGGAGAGCAUCGAACAAUUCUUUUUUUGGCAGUUAAUUCAAGCCCAUGAUAUUUCAAUUGAUACGAUCACCCCAAUUUUAACACAUUUAAAUUAUCGGGAACAUCCGGAAGCUUUAACUUCAAUUACACUGAUGCUAAAACAAGAUAAACCAACAUCGGAUACGAUAAAACAUUUAUUUUCGCGCGAUAUUCGUAAUAAUUGUGAUCCGUUUGUGUUCACGAUGAUAAAAUAUUGGUGCGAUAGUGAUUUGGACAAACUUGGCGAAUUAAUCGCGACACUUUUAAGCACUCGAUAUCCGGCUACGUCACCGAAUAAACGAAAACGGGCGAAAAUUAGUGCCGCGGUGCCGAGUGCCGAUCAAGUUUUGGGACAUUUGGAUUUGUUGAGGUUAAACUGUUGUGAAAAGCAGCAACAUCAGGAAGGGUUGUUGGGGUUGUUUGCUUUGGAUUCGAUGCAAAGGGCGCUUAAUGUGGCGCAAAAUAAUAGUACGGACGGUCAAAAGAAACUUUUCGCGGACCUCUUCGCGUUAACGGAAGAAGAGGAGGACACGACGGCGGUCGUCAAAAGGGGACCUGGACGGGGGAGGAAACCCGCUGCGAAAUCGGCACCCAAGAGGCCUGUCAAAGAGAUCUCAGAGAGUUCAGAAGAAAGUAGUGAGGAAGAAGAAAUAGUAAAACCUAAACAGGCAAAAAAAAGAAAAAAGGUUAUGUCCGAUAGUGAUUGACGGAACCAAAAAUUAAAUCGGCGUCGUCGUUGCCAAGGUGAUAGCGACGCCCUCACUCAAUUACAAAGAAGUAAUAAGGUGAUGAUGAUGACGAUGAUAACGAUGACGGUGAUGAUGACCGACGACUACGUUGGCGGUUCUUUCUUCUUCCGGUUAUCAUUUUUUGGGUCCGACCUUUGGAAACGACGGAUCGUGGGGCUAGUGAUUUAACAUAUAACACAGAAUGAGUUAAAAUUGUGUAAAAAAGAACAACAAAAGAAAUAAAUUGAUGAAUUUAGUUCGAAAACGGAGAUGAUGUUAUCUCAAAAAGAGAAAAUUGUUAUUUUUUAAAAUCCUCUUUGGUUCUUGUUUUUCUUUUUUAUGUAAAAAACUUUUUGAUAUUGAAUUUAGAUAAAAAAAAUUUAUUUUUAAACACACUGCCUAACUAAUAAAUUAAUAGACUUUUUCCGGUUUUGAUUUCAGUUAAAAAAGUGAAUAUAAAUUACAGAUUGCGAUUUUUUUACAUCAUUUUAAAAUUUCUUGUUUAAUUUUAAUCUUUUUUUUUUUAAUUCUUUAUUUUUUGUUGUUGUUUUUCAUUCUGUUUCAAUUCGAAAUACAAAAAAAAAACGUAAUCAUGUAUUUAUAGAUUAUUUGUAAAUAAUUGUUAUUGUUAGUUGCCGCCUCUUCCUGUCCCAUCUUUAUUCCUAUUCCCACUUUUCGAAGAAAUAACUGAAAGAAUUUGUAAAAAAUAAUUGUAAAUGCGUCCUUUUUCACUCCCAUUAAAAAAUGUACGAUAAAACUCGAUCCAAACCCAAAAAAGAAAUCCCUGUUACUGUUUUAAAUUUCAGGGUUAUCGUGAAUAUAAUUAUUAAAUUAGAUUUGAAGAGAAUUUUAAAUGAAUUGUAUAUUAUAAUGUUUUAUUACAU